AUGGCCAUGAUCAGCGCUUCCAGUGAAAUGCCAGCCCGCAGCAGCCAGCCUUUGACACAGGAGUUGUACCGAGAGCCCCAGAACUUCAUCCAGGACAUCAGGGCCUACACUUUUUUCCAAGACACUUUCUCCAAGCUGUGCUGCUGGGCUAGGUUUUGGGUCCCUGCUUCACAACGCGACCUCAGCGGGCCUCAGUUUCCUCAUUUGCAUCGUGAACAACAAUUUAUUACCACGCACGCAGCACAGAGCCCCAAGCAGAGGGAAACGCUCCCCAAGGCAGCCGUUGGCACCCCCUUUGCCAGGAGGAAGGAGCCCGGAGCACAGCAGGGGAGGGUCCUGGCUGCACCCCCAGUCCGGCAGGGAAGGGGUGCGGGGCUGGGCCAGGGCCGGCCGGGUGGGGGAGCGAGUGGGGCGGGGCCGCCGCGCCCGCCGCCUUCUCCUCCUCCGCCGCGCGCCCGCCCGGGCUCAGAGCGGCGGCAGCAGCGGCCGCGGAGGCAGCUCCGGCUCGGCUCCCGCUCCGGCUCCCGCGCUCCCGGGCCCCGCGCCCCGACCCCUCCGCCGCGCCUGCCGGGGCCUCGCGCGCCCCGCCGCAGCCUCACGCUGAAGUUCCUGGCCGUGCUGCUGGCCGCGGGCAUGCUGGCGUUCCUGGGUGCCGUCAUCUGCAUCAUCGCCAGCGUGCCCCUGGCGGCCAGCCCGGCGCGGGCGCUGCCCGGCGGCGGCGGCGACAACGCCUCGGCCGCCUCGGGCGCCGGCGCGUCCCCGGGCCCGCAGCGCAGCCUGAGCGCGCUGCACGGCUUGGGCGGCUCGGCCGGGCCCUCCGCGCUGCCCGGGGCGCCGGCCUCCAGCGCGCACCCGCUGCCCCCCGGGCCGCUCUUCAGCCGCUUCCUGUGCACGCCGCUGGCGGCCGCCUGCCCGUCGGGGACCGAGCAGGGCGACGCGGCGGCGGCGGCGGCGGGCGAGCGCGAGGAGCUGCUGCUGCUGCAGAGCACGGCCGAGCAGCUGCGCCAGACGGCGCUGCAGCAGGAGGCGCGCAUCCGCGCCGACCAGGACACCAUCCGCGAGCUCACCGGCAAGCUGGGCCGCUGCGAGAGCGGCCUGCCGCGCGGCCUGCAGGACCCCGGGCCCCGCCGCGACACCAUGGCCGACGGCGCCUGGGACUCGCCCGCGCUCGUGCUGGAGCUGGAGGACGCCGUGCGCGCCCUGCGGGACCGCAUCGACCGCAUCGAGCAGGAGCUCCCAGCUCGGGUGAACCUCUCCGCAGCCCCUGCUCCUGCGCCUGCGGUACCCACCGCCCUGCACUCCAAGAUGGAUGAGCUGGAGGGGCAGCUGCUGGCCAAGGUGCUGGCCCUGGAGAAGGAGCGUGCGGCCCUCAGUCACAGCAGCCACCAGCAGCGCCAGGAGAUGGAGCAGGAGCUGGAUGCCCUGCAGGGCCGUGUAGCCGAGCUGGAACAUGGGUCCUCGGCCUACAAACCCCCGGACGCCUUCAAGGUCAGCAUCCCCAUCCGGAACAACUACAUGUACGCGCGCGUGCGCAAGGCGCUGCCGGAGCUCUACGCCUUCACUGCCUGCAUGUGGCUGCGGUCCAGGUCGGGCGGCACAGGCCAGGGCACCCCCUUCUCCUACUCGGUGCCCGGACAGGCCAACGAGAUCGUGCUGCUGGAGGCAGGCCACGAGCCCAUGGAGCUGCUCAUCAACGACAAGGUGGCCCAGCUGCCAAUGAGCCUGAAGGACAACAGCUGGCACCAUAUCUGCAUCGCCUGGACCACAAGGGAUGGCCUGUGGUCUGCUUACCAGGACGGGGAGCUGCAGGGCUCCGGGGAGAAUCUGGCAGCCUGGCACCCCAUCAAGCCUCAUGGCAUCCUUAUUCUGGGCCAGGAGCAGGAUACCCUGGGAGGCCGAUUUGAUGCCACCCAGGCCUUUGUUGGUGACAUUGCCCAGUUUAACCUGUGGGACCACGUGCUGACGCCUGCCCAGGUCCUGGGCAUUGCCAACUGUACUGCGCCGCUGCUAGGCAACGUCCUCCCCUGGGAAGACAAGCUGGUGGAGACCUUCGGGGGUGCCACAAAGGCCGCCUUUGAUGUCUGCAAGGGGAGGGCCAAGGCAUGAGGGCCACCUCGUCCAGGGUCCUUCCCAUGCCUGCUGCUUUGGGGACCUUAAAGGGGCUGUUUCCCCCUCAGUCUGUCCACUACUGUCCUUCCUUCCUGCCCACUCCAGACUAUGCCUCUCCUUUUCCCUCUCCUGUAACCGCUUCUCCAGAAUCCCCUGCCCUGUGAUGGGAGUCCCCUAGGUCACCUGGGUGGAGACAAGCAUCUCAAGUCCACAGGUGGAGCCUAGGCUGAGUGCUGGCUCUAGCCCUCCUGGUACUACACAGGAGUGGUCUCCUGCCCACUUGACUCUGCCCUGUCCAUCACUCUGACUCCACUAAUCACAGUGGCACCCCCACGGGGUUGUUGCGGGGUGGCCUCCCCGCCUUGUAGGCAUGCUACAGGCCUGGCCCUGUCCUCUCCAGGGCUGCAGGAGGCUGGAGAAAGGGAUGACAGAGACUUGGGAGAUCCCACUCUUCCUCCUCCACCUUCAUGCCAGCUGCCCAUUGGGGAGCCAGCCCCCCGCCCUCAGCCCCUCCUUCAUUGCUUUGUGUGCGGUGGUUUGAAUGUUGGUUCCAUGCCUGGUAUAGCCCCUCUCAGUUUCCAGGACAUUCCCUUCCCAACUCCAGCUUGGAGGGCUGAGGGACCAAGACCCCCCCACCCCAAAGCCAAAGGGCUGUAGUAAUCCCUUUGUGCCCCCUGGAAGCUGUGUCCACUGCCAUGGUCACCCCUCCUCUCCAGGCCCAGGUCAGGUCUGGGACCCCUACAGCAUGAGCGAGGAGAAGCUUCAGACAGACACAGCAGCCCGGCAGCCUCCCAGAAGCAGAGCUACAUUACCAAGCUGUGUGUGGCCUCCUCCUGUGCCUGCCCUCCCAGGGCCUGGCUGUCCUCCCUGUGUGGUCAUUUCUGGAGCCAAUGUAAGAUGACCCAUGGUGCUGGGCAGGCAAGAGCAGGCAAGCCUAGAGACCCAGGGGCUGGCAGGAGGGGUCCUGGGGCUGGGCAGCAAAGAGGGUCAGGCUGGGCAUGGGUUAGGUUAGCAGCUGGCUCCAGGUCACAGAUAAGGGCAAGGCCCUGGCCAAAUAUAUGAUCUAAAAACAUCAGCUCUCUCUGGAUCUCCUGUCCCACAUGGUGUUCCACCCUGACUAGGAUUUUCUCAUAUAGCUGGUUCUUAUCCUUGAGUCUGUCGCUACCAGAUCCCCUACAAGAAUAGAAGAAUAUCAGAGUUGAGAAAAACCAUCCGCUCUGACCCCUUGCUUUAUGACAGAUGGAGAAGAGCUCAGAGAGGGCAAGAGACUUACACAGAGUCAUACAGCAAAAGGGCCAGAACCACAACCCAAGGCUUCAGUAUUCUCCCCUCUGUUCCAUCCUCUGGAACAUCCUUUAUGCAAAGCCUGGACACUUUGGUAACAAGAGGCUAGAGGAGGAGGGCGUGAUCCCUGGUGGCAGAAGGGACAGCUGAGGGUGCAGGUGUCCCUCCCCUGCCCGUCCCUCCCAGGCAUCUGAACAGUGACAAGCCACCUGCCUCAAGUGGGCUCCUGGGCCUCUUGUCCCCGCUUUCUGUCCCCUCCCUCUGCUCCCCACGGCCACUCAGCCUGAGAUGUGAUGCAGGCCGUGGGUCCCCGUGCUGUGGACGCCUGCCCAGCACGUGCUGCCUCCAGCCCCCAAAUUCUUGCUUCCAUUUCAACAGCGCAGGCGUACGGUCCAGCUCCCCCACCACCACCGGAAGCCAGAACCAAGGCGGCCUCAGCCAGGACCCGCUGAGAUGGGGUUGCCCCGGUAACAGCCAAUGACAUCAGCUGGGUCAAGAGUCUCAUCAUCAUGACACACACUAUUGCUGGGGUGACGGCAGAAUUUGGCUCUUAGAUUUGGGGGACACUGAGCUUGACAAGCUCCUGCAGUUGUUUUGGAAGAAAUAGCUUUCAUGGAGGUCUCCAGAGGAUGGGUCACCUCCAGAGGGUGGUGACAGGGCCUGCUUGGUCACUUGAGCCCACCCAGACUUGAAUGUCACCACAAAUCCUUUAUGCUUUGUCACAGUGAUGAUGAGACAUUUGACAUCUGAGCCUCAUUCCCGUGCCAAGUCACCUGGGUCAUCCCUCAGGGAAUGUAACCAAUUGGGGGUGUCAUCCUUGGGGGAGGGCCUGGCACCCCGUUUCCACAGUUCCCAUCCCUCCCUAGGUGUGUGUUGGGUUUGAGGGACUUCUGCCGCUCCCGGGGAGACAGAAGGGAGAAGGGAAGAAAGACCCGGCUUGGCAUUUGGCUGCAUCCCUGAGCCGCCUGCCUCUCUAAGAGGACAGGGGCCCUGCUUGUCCGGUCCUUCUCAGGUGGCUGAUGCUUUGCAGGAGUCCUGGUUUACUGCAUGCAGCUAUGCAUCAGGGCUGUGCUGAGCCCCAACAAACAGGGGACGAAGCUGGUGCUCCCAGAGGACAGUGGACGGGUAUGCGGGUGUCAUCCAGAGCUGGUCCAGUCCCAGGGGACGAGUGUUCCCUUUCCCCUGCAGGGUGGGGUUUGGUGCAUUGCUCCUGAUGUGUUUCAGCAGCAUUCAGAGUGGCAGAGGGAACUUAGGUGCAAGAUAGGUGGGCCCCAGGGCCAGGGGCCCUUCAGAGAGCCCUUGGAGAGCCAUAGGAGGAGUCCGCCUCUCCAGAAACAUGUCCUGUGUCCCACCUGCCUGCACAUGGACUCAGCCCCAGCUGCCUCUAAGGAGCCGCCAUGUCCAGGAGAGCUGGAGGAGGCAGGACGUCUCGAGUCCCAGGCGGGGGACGGGGAGGGGGCAGGUGCUUCCCAGCUGUUCUCUGCCAGAUUUCCCACCUUGUGGCAUGCAGUGCUCCCACUCCAGAGCCCAAGGCAGUGACCCCCUGCAGUUGUGCAUGGCCUAAGACCACAGGUUUAGGUGGGACAUCUCCUUCUCUUAGAAGACCCAGGCUCCCUCGCUUUCCAGGCAGCUGAGGCCUGAAGCGGGCUCAUGAGGUCGCCCCUCUGAAACGUGGCACCCCUAAACCCAGCAUUCUGACCUUACACAGUGACCCUGCCCCCAAGAACCAGGUUCCUCCUCUGUCCCAGAGUGGGAGCCCUGUUCAUCCCUGUAUGCCAGCUGCCUACCGCCCAUGCCCCACCUUCUUCCGGCCUCCUGACCGUGCUGGUGGGGCAGGGGCGCUCAUGGCCGGGCUGAGCUGCCAGUAUGCACAUCACAUCGUCGAUACGGAAAUCAGUGCCCUCCACCACGCUUCCUGGCCCCUCGUUCCUUUUUUGUACAUAAAGUGACAUGAGAUGCAACGUGUGUACGUGUGUGUGUGAGUGCGCGUGGCCUAUGUCAUGGUUUUUGUUAUCUUUUUGUUUUUGUAAAUUUGAGUGUUCAAAAUAAACACACAGUUUACUCAGA